AUGCAACCAGAGAAGAGUGCCCAGACUUUUAGUUCUAAAUUUCGGCAAGGUUCUUUCACCUACGAUGUUAAGCGAGAGGUGUACAACGAGGAGAUCUUUCAACAGGAACACAGAAAGAAGGCCCCUUCCUCAGGGAACCUGGACAUCGACAUCACCACCUUCAGACACCAUGUCCAGUGCCGGUGCCACAAAAUAGUGGUUAGGAGCAAGACUCUGAAGCCAUACUACUUGAGUUUGAAUCCCAGUUCCACUGCUUCCCAGCUGCAUGACCUUGGCUGCUCAUGGCACAAGUGCAUAAAAUGCAUGCUUAUGAUCUUUCCCUUCCUAGACUGGGUAUGUUUGUAUCGAUUCAAGGACUGGCUUCUUGGAGACUUAAUUGCUGGUAUAAGUGUUGGCCUUGUGCAAGUUCCCCAAGGCCUGACGUUUAGUUUGCUGGCAAGGCAACUGAUUCCUCCUCACAAUGUCUGUUAUGCAUCUUUCUGUUCUUCAGUAAUUUAUGUAAUUUUUGGAUCAUGUCAUCAAAUGUCUGUUGGUUACUUCUUCCUUGUGAGUGCUCUGAUGAUCAAUGUCCUGAAAUUGAACCCAUUCAACAGUGGCCACCUGGUAUUGGGAACGUUCAUCAAGGAUGACUUUUCAGACCCCUCCUUCUUUAUGGCUUAUAAUAAAUCCUUGAGUGUGGUGGCAUCCACAACUUUUCUGGCUGGGAUUAUUCAGCUAUCAAUGGGCAUGUUAGGUUUUGGUUUCAUUGCCACUUACCUUCCGGAGUCUGUCAUCAGUGCUUACCUGGCUGCCACAGCACUACACAUCAUGUUGUCCCAGCUGACUUGUAUCUUCGGGAUUAUGAUUAGUUUCCAUGCUGGUCCAGUUGCCUUCUUUUAUAACAUAAUUAACUACUGUGUAUCUCUACCAAAAGCUAAUUCCACGAGCAUCCUACUAUUUCUAACUGCUGUAGUCGCUCUGAGAAUCAACAAAUGUAUCAAAAUUUCUUUUAAUCGUUAUCCCAUCGAGUUUCCCAUGGAAUUCCUACUGAUUGUUGGCUUUACUAUAAUUGCAAACAAGCUAAGCAUGGCUACAGAAACCAGCAAGACGCUCAUUGAAAUGAUUCCUUAUAGCUUCCUGUUUCCUGUAAUACCAGAUAUGGACAUUCUUCCCAAGGUUAUUUUACAAGGCAUCUCUUUAGCUUUAGUGAGCUCCUCUCUACUCAUAUUUCUAGGCAAGAAGAUUGCCACUAUCCAUAACUACCGUGUCAAUUCAAACCAGGAUUUAAUAGCCAUUGGCCUUUGCAAUGUCAUCAGUUCAUUUUUCAGAUGUUGUGUGUUUACUGCUGCUGUUGCCAGGACUGUUAUCCAGGAUAAAUCUGGAGGAAGACAACAGUUUGCAUCUCUGGUAGGCGCAGGUGUGAUGCUGCUGCUGAUGGUGAAGGUGGGACGCUUUUUCUACCGACUGCCAAAUGCCGUGCUGGCUGGUGUUAUUCUGAGCAACGUCAUGCCCUACCUUGAAACCAUUUCCAACCUACCUAAUCUGUGGAGGCAGGACCAGUAUGAUUGUGUUAUAUGGAUAGUGACGUUCUCAUCUGCCAUUUUUCUGGGACUGGAUGCUGGACUACUUGUUUCAGUAGCUUUUGCCUUCUUUAUCAUCACAGUUCGGUCACACAGAGCUAAGAUUUACCUCCUGGGCCAGAUCCCUAACACCAACAUUUAUAGGAGCAUCAGUGACUAUCGGGAGAUUAUGAGCAUUCCUGGGGUGAAAAUCUUCCAGUGCCGCAACUCCAUUACGUUUGUAAACAUUUACCAACUGAAACGCAGGCUGUUAAAUGAAAUUGAUAUGAUAAGGGUGCGUCUUAAAGAAGAAGAAGUUUUCAGCCUGUUUACUCAUAGUGGUCAUACCAACAGAGGGGCAGAAAGGGGGUGUAACUGCUUCUGCAACUGUGAUGAGCCAGAGCCACCAGCCAGGAUUGUCUACACAGAACGAUUUGAACGUAAAUCGGGUCACUCUUCCUCCUCCAUUAACCUAGUCCGCUGCUCACGCUUCGAGAGCAUGACCACAAACCAGUCUACAUCUGAUGAGCAAGUGCCAUACACAGUAUCUUCCACGUCUCAGAGGAAUCAAGGUCAAAACUUGGAGGAGGAGAAAGUCUGGGUUCCUAAUAACCCCCUGAGAAACAGCUUGCCACCACUGCCUGAUGCUGCUGGAAGUCAGGGGAGGAGUAGAUCGCUCCUGCCUUACUCAGAGGCUUCUCUUCUGCCCACCACCUACACCAUCAUCCUGGAUUUCUCCAUGGUCCAUUUUGUGGAUUCACGGGCUUCAGUCAUACUAAGACAGAUGUGCAAUGCUUUCCAAAACGCCAACAUUUUGGUGCUCAUUGCAGGGUGUCACUCUUCUGUGAUCAGGGGAUUGGAGAGGAAUGAUUUCUUUGAUGCUGGCAUCACCAAGGCCCAGCUGUUCCUCACCCUCCACGAUGCUGUGCUGUUUGCCUUAUCAAGGAGGAUGCCAGACUCCUCCGAGUUAAGCAUGGAUGAAUCUGAGACAGUGAUUCAGGAAACCUACUCAGAAAAGAAUGAAGAACCAAAGUAUCGUAUGAACAGUAGUAAUCUGGAAAUCCUGAAAAAUACAAGUCCAGGCUUCAGGGCUUUAAUCCUGGAGCCAGAAGUAGAGGAAGCAGUGGAAGAGUCAGAGCUAGAGCCCACGCUUGAGUCAGAACAAGAGAAUGAGCUGGAUUUGGACCUAGGCCUGGAUCCGGAGCUGGAGCCUGCAUCUGAGCUGGAGGGUGAGCCUGAGAUGGAUCUGGAGCUGGAGAUGGAGACAGAGAUGGAGCCUGAGCCUCAGCCCAAAUCCAGGCCAAGGGUUCAUACUCAUUCUCCACAGUACCACCGGUCUCCGUAUCCCAGUUCCCAGCCUCAGACUCAGCCUCAGACUUGGUCAGUGGAGAGGAGGCAUCAACAUAUGGAUUUACACUCAUCCAAGGGCAAUGAUACUGAGGAUCCCUGGGAGGAAGACUGGAUUUAA